AUGGCAGUGAACAAGAACACAUUCUUUACUGUUGCCAUAAUCAUGGCUGUCACAAUAGCUUUGACAAUCGCAACUGUCCAUUUAGGGGGAGAGAAACAAUUAGUAAGAGAUCAUCAAGGAGAAGAAGUAACUGUUUCAUCAAAAACUUCCUCUUUGCCAAGCGGGGUCGAAGAAUAUGAAUCAUUAUCAUUAACUAGUUCUUCGAAAGCCAAACGCAUAAGUCGUUUCCUCAAGGAAGAAGUGAAACCUCGAAACCCAAGAGCUGCAUCACAUUGUAACAAGAACGAAUAUGUUUGUUUGGCCGAAGGAAGUCCUGGAUCGACUUGUUGUAAUAACAAGUGUGUCGACUUAAUAUCAGAUCCUGACAACUGUGGCGCGUGUAAGAGCAAAUGCAAAUUCUAUACUGAGACAUGUUGUAACGGGAAGUGUGUCAAUCUAUCCUAUGACAAGAGACAUUGCGGGAGGUGUAACAAUAAGUGCAUGACUGGUGGUUUAUGUUUAUACGGGAACUGUGAUUAUGCUUAA